AACAAAAAGGAGGAGAGCUGGAAUCACAUGGUCUUGUUUGGUUGAUGGGUCCUCCUUCCUCCGCCCGACAAUUAUGAGCUGAAAGUUGCCCAAAAAGACUUUCCUCUCUUCCUUCCUCCCCAUCUCCAUCUCUCGCCGGAAAAUCAUGGCUGACGAUAAGGAGAUCUCUGCCCCUGUCGUUGAUGGGAAUGAUGCCGUCACUGGUCACAUCAUUUCUACAACCAUUGGAGGAAAAAAUGGGGAACCCAAACAGACCAUCAGUUACAUGGCAGAGCGUGUUGUCGGGACGGGAUCGUUUGGAAUUGUUUUUCAGGCAAAAUGCUUGGAAACUGGAGAGACUGUGGCUAUAAAGAAAGUUUUGCAAGACAGGAGAUACAAGAAUCGCGAGCUGCAAUUAAUGCGCACAAUGGAUCAUCCAAAUGUGAUUUCUCUGAAGCAUUGUUUUUUUUCCACUACAAGUAAAAAUGAGCUUUUUCUCAACUUAGUAAUGGAAUAUGUACCGGAGACCAUGUAUCGGGUUUUAAAACAUUACAACAAUGUGAACCAAAGAAUGCCACUCAUUUAUGUGAAGCUUUACACUUACCAAAUUUUCAGGGGGCUGGCAUAUAUGCACACUGUUACUGGAGUUUGCCAUAGGGACUUGAAGCCUCAGAAUCUUCUGGUUGAUCCUCUUACCCAUCAGGUCAAGAUUUGUGACUUUGGAAGUGCAAAGAUGCUAGUGAAGGGCGAAGCAAAUAUAUCAUACAUAUGCUCACGUUUCUAUCGGGCUCCAGAACUCAUAUUUGGUGCCACAGAAUAUACUACCUCAAUUGAUAUCUGGUCAGCUGGUUGUGUUCUUGCUGAGCUUCUUCUUGGUCAGCCCUUGUUCCCUGGGGAAAAUGCAGUGGGCCAGCUUGUUGAGAUCAUCAAGGUUCUUGGAACACCAACACGAGAAGAAAUUCGCUGUAUGAAUCCAAACUAUACUGAUUUUAGGUUUCCACAAAUAAAGGCACAUCCCUGGCACAAGGUUUUCCACAAACGGAUGCCUCCUGAAGCAAUUGAUCUCGCUUCGCGACUAUUGCAAUAUUCUCCAAAUCUUCGCUGCACUGCACUAGAAGCCUGUGCACAUUCUUUCUUCGAUGAGCUUCGAGAACCCAAUGCCCGCUUACCAAAUGGUCGUCCAUUACCACCUGUUUUCAAUUUUAAGCAAGAGUUGUCUGGAGCUUCUCCAGAACUUAUUAAUAAGUUGAUACCAGAGCACGUACGGCCGCAAAUGGGUCUAAAUUUCUUGCACCCAUCAGUCACAUAAACCUGAAGGAAUGGCAUGGAAUGAUUUUCUGCUAAUUGAUGAGUGAGACACGAAGAGAUCUGCAUUGGAGCCUGCCUGACCAGAAGUAUUUCUUGUUCGACAAGAACACGUAGGGAAUCUGGCAUCCAGAUGGCUGCGCUUCCAUGACAUGAAGUUUACCUUUGCUUUAUUUCUUUGCCUUUACACCACCUCCUCCCGUUAAAGAAAAAGGGGAAAAUAAUUUGUCUUGUAUAUGUUCAGUAGUAAGUAAAUCAGAGAACUUUUCGCAGAAGGAAGAAUACGAGGUAAAAGUGUACUUAGUAGUGUACUUGGCUAGGAAGAAAGAACAGAUGAGGGAGGGGGGUGGGCUUGUCCGCCGUUGUUGAUUUUGUUCUACUGCCAUAUUGUUUGCACUUUGUGUUUGUUGUGGCUGACUUCAAAUUGCAGAAGAAUGUUGAUACACACUUCUUGCAAAGAAAUAUUACUACUUUUUUGUA